AGUGAAGAAGCUUAGUCGGUUUUACGAUUCGCGGAUAUCAGAUUAAUACCGGUCUGACUAGUGAUUCAUCUCAGCCUGCGUGCGACGCGAAAGCCUGGCGCUUAUUGCGAGUGAGAUAAUCGUAUUCUUCAACGGAAUCUGUGUUAUCUGUCCGUAUCGAAACGGCCGUUGAAGCGUAACAAGAAAAUCCUUAAUUCGUUUUAAUGUAAAAAAUACAAAUCGAUAAAAAGGAGAUACUACAAAUAUACAUGAUGUUCAUUGGCUCGAUCGUUCUUUUCCUCGCGCUAACAACAAUCGAUGCACAGAAUAAGUGCCCAAAUAAUAAUGAUACAUGCAUCAAAAUUCACGACUGCCCGGAAGUAAUGGAAACCUUGAAAAGUCUAAGACCGUUUUCAAACAAAACUUUUCAAACGCUCAGUCGUUCGCAUUGCGAUAUCGAGGAUAAUCACCCGAAAGUUUGUUGCAACCAGAUAAGAACAGCAUUAAGAAUCUCAAAUUUAGAAGAUACUCCGCCAGAUGUGACAGAUCAUCCAAAUUUACGUUUGUUGGAUCACAAAGCGUGUGGGCGCAUUACUAGCAACAGAAUAAUCGGCGGCAUUAAAACCGAACUCUUUCAAUAUCCAUGGAUGGCACUGAUCGCAUACGACACCGGAAAACCGAAUCCGGAAUUUUUUUGUGGCGGCACGAUCAUUUCCGCCCGCUAUGUCCUCACCGCUGCUCAUUGCGUCACAUCACUUCGAAAGGGCAUCAGACUGAUAGGUGUCAGGAUAGGAGAUCACGACAUAAGCAAGGAACGUGAUUGUGAACUAGACGAAAACGGGGACGAGGUAUUGUGCGCUGAGAAGUAUCAGGAUUUCGGCGUGGAAGAUUUCUACUUCCAUCCGAAGUACACGAAAACGGGGCAGCAAAAUGACAUCGCGCUUAUCAGGUUGAAUGAUACCAUAGACUUCAGUCCAGAGCAUAUCAAGCCCAUUUGUUUACCCUUCGGUUCUGCAACAAACUUAAUUCGUAAGACGGCAGUGGUGACCGGCUGGGGUAUUACUGAAUAUGGCCUGCGCAGCUCAAUACUUUUGCAGGCGUCGCUGCCAGUGGUUUCCAAUGAGCAGUGUAAAGAAAUAUAUGAACCGUCCAAGCAGAUCUGGUAUAAGCAACUGUGCGCCGGCGGUGGUAGAAACUUUUCUGUUUGCAAUGGCGAUAGCGGUGGACCUUUGCAAGCUUCUGGCACGUACAAUGGCACGUCCAUGCGCAUCAUCCAGUACGGUUUGAUUAGCUAUGGACUGAUGCCGUGCGGCAUUCAGGGUGUCCCUGGAGUUUUUACCAACAUCGUCUAUUACACAGACUGGAUCCUCAAUACGAUGAGAGAUUAAACAAGAUUAACCGAUUUACUGAAUUACAUACUAAUAUAGACAUAAAUAAACAUGAUGUUCAUCGGCUCAAUCGUUCUUUUCCUCGCAAUAACAACAAUCGAUGCACAGAAUAGGUGCUCGGAUAGAGAUUGUAUCAACAUUCGUAACUGUCCGGCGAUUAUAGCCAUCUUGAGCGGUCCAAGACCGCUUUCGGCAGAAGCUUUGCAGACCCUCAGAAACUCGCAAUGUGGCUUCGAAGGCAAUGAUCCGAAAGUUUGUUGUAAUCAGCAAUCGCAAAGAAUAACGACGUCGACAACAACGAUAACGACAACAACAACGACAGAGGCCUCCGUUUCAGAAGGAAUUCCAGAUCCACCGAAUGUAGCAAAUCACCCGAAUCUACGUCUCUUGGAUCAUCAAGCGUGCGGGCCUGUCGCCGUACCGAAGGUAGUCGGCGGCAACAAAACCGGAAUCUUUCAAUAUCCAUGGAUGGCCCUGAUCGCAUACGACACUGGACGGCAGAAUCCGGAGUUUCGUUGUGGCGGCACGGUUAUCUCCUCGCGCUACAUCCUCACCGCCGCUCACUGCGUCACGUCACUUCCAGGAACUCUCAGACUGAUAGGCGUCAGGGUAGGAGAUCACGACAUAACUAAGGAACGUGAUUGCGAGACAGACAACGACGGCCUGGAAGUCGUGUGCGCCGAGAGGUAUCAGGAUUUCGGCGUGGAGAACUUCUACUUUCAUCCGGAGUACACGAGAACGAGGCUGCAAAAUGACAUAGCUCUCAUCAGGUUGAACAGUAGCGUAGAUUUUAGACCACAAAAUGUCAAGCCCAUUUGUUUACCCUUCGGUUCUGCGGCGAGACUAACUCAUAAAAAGGCCGUUGUGACUGGCUGGGGUGCGACGGAGCUCGGGCCGAGGAGCACGGAUCUUCUGCAGGCGAAGCUGCCACUUGUUCCAUACGAGCAAUGCAGAGAGACAUAUAAACGGUCCACGCAAAUCUGGUACAAGCAGCUGUGCGCCGGAGGCCAAAUGGCCGUGGACUCCUGCAUGGGCGACAGCGGUGGGCCUCUCCAGGCGGCCAGUAUAUACAACGGCAGGGCGGUGCGCAUCGUCCAGUACGGCGUGGUCAGCUACGGACUGAAGCAGUGCGGUACCCAGGGCUUCCCCGGGGUCUACACCAAUGUUGCCUACUACAUGGACUGGAUCCUCAACACGAUGACCGAUUAAAAUGCGACUAAGGCGUUGUAUGACGCAAGUCCGACGUGUGUUCGGAAUACAAUGACAGUAAACGCUUCAGUUCGGACCGCGAUAGCAAGAACACAGAUUUUGCGAGGCGUUCGAUAAAUACGUAUAGAUGAAUUUUGAAGGAUCAACGAACAGGAUGAGUAAAAUUGCAACGGCGGAAAAUGAAUGUAGCGACGUAGGCGCCUAGAAAGGUGACCCAUGAGAGAAUACCGUUGAUACGUAUUUUUUAUUAAUAAGAAUAAUUAUUUUGUUAAAAAAAACUUUGUUAUCCUUUUAUUAAAGUGUCAUACUGCCGCGAUACAAUUUUAUUCCAUUAGACGGAGAUUUUUCGAGUUUGCGACUUAAGUUAAACUUAAUUAUGUUACUUUUUAUCGUGCGUGUGUGAUAAGCGUGUAAUCUUGAUGAAAAGGAAAAAAAAUCGAAGGAGAUUUCUCCGAAAGAAGCAGACUCCGCUUGCUAACGGAUCUUUGUGCUAAAUCGAUUACGCGUGUUUACGACUUACAUGUUAACAUAUCAUGUUGUUUUUAAGCUUUAUAAUAUAUCGAUAUAUAGUUUUUUCAUAAAAA